AUGUCUCGGGUAUUAAAAGCACCUCCUAAGGUUUUGCCUUCUGAGUGGAAACAUGCGAACUACGUGCACUUCAGGAGAGCAGAGGUUGUGCGAGCACACUCGGAGCAACUCACGGCUAGAUGUAAGACACUGAUCGAGGAGACCAAGAAGUCAGUGAGAAACAUGCAGCAGGAUGCGAACAACAGUCUUGAGCAGAGACUUAAAGAUAUUAAGUUCUGGAAGCAGGAGCUGGAGCAGAAACUGCAAAAGAUGGCUCAGGAGAGCGAGCAGCUCCUGACUAUCAAGAACCGGGUAGAGCGAGCUUUGGGGAGUUGCUCUGAGCCUCUCCAAGUCACCCUGAACUGUCUGAAUGAGAGGCAGAAGCGGGUGGAGAUAGACCUGGUUCAUGACGUGGUGGACGAGGAGCUCCUGAAGGAAAAGGCCGUGAUCGAGGGGGUGAUGAGUCUCCUCAAGCGCACUCUGGAGCAGAUUACCGAGCAGAUCAGACUCAACCACUCAGCCAAAUACAACCUCGAGAAAGAUCUGCAUGAUAAAUUUCAGGCCGAACGCAUCGAUGAUUACUGCUCCCUGCUCAGCAACACCAAACCAAGUGUUGAGGGACAGACUGGAGCGGGAGAGAGUGCUACUGGAGGACCCGCUGUGACUCCUCAGGAAUGGGAGACGUUCUCGAACGCGAACAUCAGCAAGGCAGAGAAGGAGAGGAAUAAUUCGGCAUCUCUAAGGGCGAUGGUGGAGAACUUGCUGAUGCAGACGGCGGCAGACAUGAAGAGGCAGAACGAGGCCACCAGCUCGGCACUGACACAGCGCAUAUACGAGACCAGAAGUGCUAAAACGCAGCUGGAAAAUCAGCUGAACAAGCUGUUUGUGGAGAUUGCGAGCCAGGAACAGAACAUCAGCUCUCUGAAAGUGGCCCUUGCUGAUAAAGAAGGGCCGCUAAAGGUGGCGCAGACACAGCUGCAUGCACGCAGUCAGCGACCCAGAGUUGAGCUGUGCAACGAUACCGCGCACAAAUGCCUGCUCUUGGAAGUACAACAGAUCAAGGACCACAUCUCCAGGCUGAAAGAGAGUCUGGCCGAGUCAGAGAUAGAACUCAGAACCCUGAACAGAAACCAACUGCUCCUGGAGGAGGAGAUCAAGGUCAAAUCAAACUCGCUGUACAUCGACGAAGUGACUUGCAUUCGGCUCCGUCAGCCAAUCACCAUUCACGCCUUCUGA